UUCUCUUCCAAGUGAAAUCCCCUUAAUGCUAAUGAACUAUGGUUCACCUAUAUAGAUUUGUUGAGGAUAAUUUUUCUAUUUAACUUAAAAAAUAAUGUUGUGAGUUAGAAAAUAAAUAUUUGAAUUUUAUAUAAUUUUAUUAUAUAAGAAGAGAGGAUAGUGUCAACCCAUUACUUGGGUAAAGGCUAAAGCAAUUCAUAACACAAAAAGUGCAUAUAUAUACUCAGCAAAGUAAUCUUUCUCAAACACUCUUCCGUGUCUCCCUCCCCAAAACUUGAGCCCAAGACAAAGGGCAACAUCACCCACCAACCUCUCUCUCUCUCUCCACCAUGCACCACCACCACCACCAUCCACACAUUUCUUCACCGAACACUGCACAGAAGAGACACAAGUUCUGCAUCAAUGACCACAUCGACAUUCUCAUCGAAAUCCUCAAACGCCUCGACGGCCGCUCACUUGGUGUCGCCGCCUGCGUUUGUCGCCUCUGGUGCACUAUUGCCCGCAAUGACUCUCUCUGGGAAGACCUCUGCUUUCGCCAUGUCUCUCCUCCUCCCUCCGGCGUACGUGCCGUUGUUGUCGCUCUCGGUGGCUACAAGAGGCUCUACAUGGUUUGUGUUCGUCCGGUACUGAGUCGACUCGGCCGACGGUUGAAACUCGGGGACUCUGACCGGGUGGGCAGAGUCUGGACUCGGGAUGAGGUGCAACUCUCUCUUUCUUUGUUCUGUAUUGACUAUUAUGAGAGGCUUGGGAGGCUCGGCGGCGGCGGCGGGGGUGGUGAUGCCUCUGCAUCGUCGCUCAUGUUCCUGUGCAAGCCCGUGAACGUCUGAGUUGUUGGAGUUUUUGUUGAGAUUUUCGUCUGUGGUGAAGCCGAACAAUAAGAAAAUUUAGAUUUUGAAGGAAAUCCAUUUACAGAGCUAGGAUACUAAUCUGUUUAUAAAUUUAUCUAUUUCCAAAAAGAAAAAUGCAAAAAUGAGAUAUUAUUAUUUUUAAUCUUC